AUAGAGAGACGGAGAGUGUGCAAAGUGCCGAAGCAGAACACAUGCCCUGGCGCUUCCGAGGCCGUCAAUUUCAAAAAAUCGAGUGAAGGAAGAGCUGAAGACGAUGAACGAGAGUGAAGACGUAUUCGAAGAUUGGGAGGACACGUUCUUGGACCAGUUAAUCCAAGUGGAAGAGCUUGCUCUCUCUGCCAUUGCCAAACCAAGUUCCAAUCCCUCUCACUCCCAUAAUCUUCCUCCCCCUCCUCCAACCACUUCAUCCACUUCACACUUCCCUCCACAACCGCCUCAAUCUCGAUACCACCACCACCAACAACCGCCGCAUUCUGUCGCCGCUUCUUUAUCUUCCUCCUAUGAUGCUGUUAGUUACUCUCCCCCACGAGAGCUCUCUCAGAGGAGCAAGGAUUUUGAUUCCUUUCAACACUCUCCCACUGUCCCUGCCAAAUGCCCUUCUCUUGCGGUUGUUCCGGUUUGUCGACGACCCGAUAAAGAUAAAGAUCAUGAAAUCGAGCGGUUGAAGAGGGAGCUUGGACAAGCAUCGAAGCAACUUGCUCUCCUGGAAAAGGAGUGUCUUGAUUUAAGGAAAGAAAGAGACAAGAAAGAUGAGCAGCUCAAAUUUGUAGCUUUAAAGAAUGAAGAAGAAAAUGGACGUGCUAACCAUUCACAGAGUACAAACAUGGAAUGGAGAAAUCUUCCUCCAGACCAUCGUGUCAUCUCUCGAAAAGUUCGAAGCAGAGAAUCUUCAAAUGUGCAGGCUGCUGAGUUAACUUAUAAAGCUACAGGAGUUCAAACAGACAUUGACACUCAGCAAGAAGCUCAAAAUUUACUGAAUAAUGAUGCGCCUGCUUGUCUUGAACUCUCCGAGAAGUUGCUGGCAAUUUGGGGCUCAUCUGGUGAACUAAAGCUAGGAAGCAAUGUGAUAUCCAAGUUGCUUGUGGGCUGUCAAAGAGAUUUUCAUAUUCUUUUUGGGUUGAUGCCCAUAAAUCUACCCUCUAAAAUAACAACCAAAUUUCUUACAGAUACAAGUUCUUCUGGAGUAGUGUUGCAAUAUAUCAAGGACUGUUUUCAUACUCCAGAAGCAACCAAAGUGUCGCAACUCUACCUAAUGUUGACAAAGAUAGCUGAAGGGACAGCUGUAUUGGAAACUCUAUUUGAACCAUUACUUGAUCUGUGUAGUGUUAAAAAUGUUGUUGUAGUCCAUAGCUCUCUACGCAUACUGCAUACUUAUUUGAAACUCCUAUUGGAAGUGGAAAAGAAUUCUGGAAGAAGGGACAAUGUGCUCGUUGAGGGAGUUUGCUUGGGCAACAAUAUUGUUGAUUCUUGUGGACUUGAAGGUGCAGAAGAGGGAAAGCUCUCUUAUAUGCACAAGGAUGAGACGUCUCAUGCAGUGUGCGAUCAGGUCCAGCCAGGAUUGUUUGAUGUCGAAAUGCUAAGCAAAAGAAGGCGUUGGAACCAUCAGAAUUCCUUGCAGCCUCAAGUAAAUUGGGUUUAUCUUUUUGAAGCAAUGCAUCAUAUUGCUAUGAAGAUGACAGAGGAAAGUGUGAGAGUGGAAGCUGUGUCCAUCAUGAUUGUGAUCCUUCUAAGAAGUAAUGCUUACAUCGAUAGGGAGCAGUUUGAACAGAAAAUGGCAUUUGAUACCAUUUCACAGUUGCUUAAAAGGGAUAAUGGGUUACGCGUAAAACAACAUGCACUGAGGCUUUUGUACCUAAUUCUAAAUUGUCCAAAACUAUUGGUUACUUUCUCUUGUGGUUGCAAAGAGGGAGAGUGUGCUAGUGCUAUGGAUGACAACGCAUCUACCUCAGGUUCCUUGAAAUUCAAUAUCAUUCUUCAAGGUUUGGCAGACUGUGUUGCAUCCCAUGGAAGUGGAUUACAGGAGUUGAAACUACGCCGAAAUGCUAUUCUUGUGCUGGCAUUCCUUGCGUCUUCUGGAAAAGCUGGCUUUGACAUUCUUGUUGGUCAUAGGCUCUCCAGGGGAGCAAACUAUCUGUUUCUGAUUUUGCAAGUACUGGUAUCAGAGGUUGACCAUGAAGCUAGAGAUUGUGAGGAGCUGCCAGAGGUUUUCAGGGAGAGGACAUUUCUGAUGCGGGAGAUACUAAUAUUGCUUAACAGACUAGUGUCCAGUCCUUCAUACUCUGCUACUGUCUUGCGAGUUUUAACAAGCACCAGGGAUAUGGCCAGUUUGACAAUUGAUGUUGCAAACAGAUUGUCCCGGAAAUGUAAGACACAGAAUGGACAUGACAACAUAGUAAAUCAUACUAGAGAAACGGAAAUCGUUGAUCUAGGCCGUGUCUUUAAGAAAAGGGUAUUUAUAUAUUUAGGAGAUGAUUUGUAAUCAAGUGUUCUCUACCUUGAAAUUUUUGUAUAUUAAAUAUAUGGACCUGCAAUAAAAAUGGUGGAGUGGGUUGGCAGGAGGGGCACUAUAAUUUUUUGUUGAUCGGCAGAUUUUACAUGUAGUUGCAAUCUGCAGAUGUGCCCUGUAGAAAAUUGAGUAGUCACAGCUCAUAAUUUGGUCGUUCACAUUGAUAUCUGGAGUGGAAGAAUUUUUGUCUGAGCUUAUCAUUGGACUUUUAGCAACAUUUAGGACUCGGUUUCUGGUUUAGAAAUUUCGUUUGAAUAUGAUUAAUUAUAUAUUUGCAGGACUA